CUUUCAUGCACUGCUGCUACAGGGAUACCAAGAUGGAAAUCCAGGGGCUUUCUCAUGCCCAAAAUAUUCACUAUCAACAUGGCGCCCCACGUAGAACAGGUUCGUCUCCGAUUAGGACAACGACAGGGGCAUGUUCUCUCUCCAUUUCGAACGAGAACGAAGCACAGGAGGAUUUGGAAUCGUACGAACUGCAAAGUGACAACAACAACCACAAUAGGCCAAGGACAUCUCCAUUUCGCCUACUGGCAGAAAAUGGCAGCGUUGGCCUGCCUGUCUGCAAGCAGAACGGUAAAAACAAUAGCCCACUUCAAACCCAAACAGCGAAUGUGGGACUCCGUGACAAGAAUACUUUGAAAGCGAGGGAACUGAACGCAAAACUACCUCCACACGAUAUUUUUAGGACUGGUUACAAAUACGAUAUUGAAAGUGGGGAUAACAUAUUGCAAAUGGCGUUGCCUUUCUUUGCGGGGGAAGAGGAACAAUAUCAGCAACAGCAGCUGCAACCUCCGGUUUUACGGCAGCAACAUGAAGACGGCGCCUUCCUGUUGCAGUCAUUGGCGAGCGAGGGCACGGCGGCCUGUGGGAGCAACAGCACCGCUAACGCUAAUAAAAACACCGAGGAAUAUUAUGUGGUUUUCAACAUUGUCCAAGAGGAUGGUAAUGACGCAGAUAAGGACAGACUGGGAAAUCCAUCUAAAGAUGGGGAUACGAUACGCGGUAAGAUGAAGCUUGAACAUUCCAAGAUCAAAACAUGUAAUUCGAUGGAGGUUCAAAGCACCAAUGCUCUUAUUGAAUCUGAUGACAAUUUGAACAAUUUAGCAGCAGAGGCCUUGAAAAGAACUGUUCAUUUGUGUAGUUUGUUAAAUUCCAGUUCAAAUAGUGAGGCAACUGUAACUAAUGAGAAACAGUCUGUGUGUUAUGAAACGGAGAAUGAAAACACUGCUUUGACAAACGAAUAUGGCGAGAACAUAUGUGGCCACCAAGUUUGCGUUGAAAACAUUGACAGUGACGCGCCUAACCAAAUAUCAUCUCAGACCGAAGCUCAAGAUAGCAGUGCCUUGAUUUCAGAAAACACUGAUAUGGUGGAAAUGAGCGACGCUAUGGACUUCAUUUCCGACGCUGGUAGGAGCCUAUCCGUGUCUGCCAAUGCAGAUGGGACCCCCAACAGUGCGUCUGCCAACGAGACCUUCUCUGGAACCAUCAUGAUAAACAACCAAAGCAUCAUAGUUACCAUAGAAAACGGGAUACUGACUCUAGCUGCACCUCCAGAGGGUUACACCCACAAAGACGACGGAAUGGUUGGCUUGAAGGAACACCUUGGAAUGAAAGACCACGAGGACAUAGUGCUUCUCAACUAUGACAGCGGGACCAAAUCCAUUGGGAAAAUAAGCAACGUGGCGGUUAUUCGGGCAGGUCACCACGAACAGUCUAGGCUGGGUUUGUCUGUGAGCGACUCCGAACUGGCUCUAGCUGACAACUGUUCACUGUCAGAGUUGGGUGCCUCCCUGGACAUGUGCCCAGUCAUCAAGCAGGAGAGCGGGACUCUGUGUGCCAUAAGCGAAGGUGACUUGGUUUCCCAGCGCCCAGAGGGUUCUUCUGUCGACUGUGACGACAACGGCGACUUCCAGCCUGUCAGUGUCAUCGGCGCUUCGGGACUCUCCAAGAAAGGUGCCUUGAUCACGACAUACCGCUGCCCCCAGCCAGGCUGCCCCAGCACCUUCGAAACGCGCCAAAAGCUCAAGAUGCACCUUCUUAACCACACCGAGGACCAGAGGCCCUUUAAGUGCCCUUUUGAGGGCUGUGGCUGGGCCUUCACCACCUCUUACAAGCUCAAACGACACCUGCAGUCCCACGACAAGGUGCGGCCUCACAAGUGCGAGUGGGAGGGAUGCGGCCGCUGUUUCACCACGGUCUACAACCUGAAGGCGCAUGUGAAGCAGCAUGACCAGGAGAACACCUUUGUGUGCGAGAUCUGCAGCGAGCGCUUCCGCAGCGCCACCCGGCUGACCAAUCACCAGCGGGCCCAUUUUGAGCCAGAGAGGCCGCACAAAUGCGAGUUUCCAGGCUGUGAGAAGAGCUUCAUCACCUACAGUGCCCUGUUCUCCCACAACCGCACACACUUCCGCGAGACGGGCCUGUUCAUCUGCACCUACCCGGGCUGCGACAAGCGCUACGACAAGGCCUGCCGCAUCAAGAUCCACAUGCGCAGCCACACGGGCGAGAGGCCGUUCGUCUGCGACUCAGAGGCCUGUGGCUGGUCUUUCACCAGUAUGUCCAAGUUACUGAGGCACAAAAGGAAGCACGACGAUGACAGGCGCUUCACCUGCCCAGAGGAGGGCUGUGGCAAGUCCUUCACCCGGGCAGAGCACCUCAAGGGCCACAGCAUCACCCACCUGGGCACCAAGCCCUUUGAGUGCCACGUAGAUGGCUGCAGUGCCAAGUUCUCAGCGCGGAGCAGUCUGUAUAUCCACUCGAAGAAACACAAGCAGGACGCUGGCAGCCUGAGGACGCGUUGCCCCGUGGCCAACUGCAGCAAGCACUUCUCUUCCUGCAGUAGCCUGAAGAGCCACAUGCUCAAACACCACCACCUCAACCCCGACGUGCUGAGCCAGCUGGAGGCCACUCCCACCCUGACCCCCAGCAGCGAGCUUGUCAGCGCCGCCACCACCACGGGAACCGUCCCAGGGGUCACCGGGGGCGACCAGCUGGCCCACCUGGACCUCAGCUCUCUGUUCUCUGCUGUGCCCGGGGGUCCCUCGCCCACCAUCCACGGGGUCGGGGUGCCUGUAGGCGCCACAGGGCCUGCAGGCGCCUUCGCCAUGGACCUGUCACUGGUCAGCUCAGGAAUCCUCACCAUCAACCCGGCCUCGGUUGGCUCAGCCCUGUGCACGUCCGGGCAUGGCGCCACCGUGGCCAAAGCUUCCUUGGACCCGCUCAUCCUGGCGGCCGGGGAAGACAUGGUCGGGGGAGCCCUCCCUCCUCGGGGUACCCUCAACCUGGACAACGUGCAGAAGGUCACCCCCGAGGCCCUAGGCUCACUCACAGUCCUCACCAUGCAGGCUGCUAGCUCCUCCGCGGACCACCACACCCUCAGCUCCUCCAGCGCCCUGUCCACCGAGCCCUCCCCCUCAAACCUGGCUGUCCCCCCCGGGCCCGAGCUCCUCUCGUCCCACUCUAAGGUGGCUGAGGCUGGAGGGAGCAGGGGUGUCGGCAGGCCUCUGCUGGGCUGUGUGGAGGUGCUGGGGCAGCAGGAGGGGGGCAAGGUGCUGACCCAGUGUGUGUUCCCGGGCCAUGACGGUGGCAGCUCGUUCAGCCUGCAGAAGGAGUCCGAGCUCAGCCACAGCUCAGCCGUCUUACCCUACUCCUUCCUGGAGAGUAGUGGUUCAGCGCGGACCGACUACAGAGCCAUCCAGCUGGCCAAGAAGAGGAAACGGAGAGGACCCUCCGUCUGCUCAGCAAGCUCAGGAUUGGGCCAGAGGAAGAGUAAAGGCGGGAAGGCCAGCAGCACUUCGGCGCCAACGGUUCCCACAAGUGCCCGUUUUGGUGAAGGUUCUGCAGCAGCCAAUGGGGGGCUGACUAUCCGUGACCCUGUCACAGGGGCCCAGUAUGUUCAGAUUCAGCUCCUGCAGGAUGACCCGGCCAGCGAAGGGGACCUAGCCUUCCAGCUGAGCUCCCAGCCUUCCAGCUCCCACUCCCAGCUGACCGUGGACCUGCCAGUCAACAUCCUACAGGAACCUCCUGCUAUGACGGAGGACGACAACGGCUCGGACAACUCCCAGUUCACAGGAAGCACCAUCAACCUGCAGGACCUGGAGUGAGGAGGAGAGAGAUGAGAAAGUUAUGUACAUCUGGGAUGUGGAUGAAGUGGAACCCAGAACCAAAUGCACCUUGGGAAGAAUUGAAUGAUAAAUGAAAUGAAAGUUUAAAUUUGUGGAAUUUUUUCCACUCACUUUUUCCUGUAUUUCUGAAAUCCUGUUUGUACCACAAUCAUGUCUUUUAAAGAGAGACUGUCGUUUUGCACAUCCAUUAGGUCCCUCGUGCUUCUAGUCAAACUGUGACGUCUUGUCGGUCUCAGCUACGGUGCCACGUUCUGAAUACUCAUACACAGUGUGCUGUUGUCAGAGCUUCUGUCUACAAUGCCUUACAGACAUGACGUACUGUACUCGCAUCCAUUUAGCAUACGCUUUCUGUUUGUUAGACUUUUAUGUAGUUUUUACUUUUUGGUGGUGGGUGGGGUCAGAUGUAUUUUUCUACAGCUGUGUCUUAUGAGCUAUGUAGGAAUGAGACACGUGUGCGUUCCAUGUUUAAAACGUUGCCGGUCCACUUGUUUAUAAUAUCUGUAAUGCUUAUCUAUAUGUGACGACUUCAAUCUAGUUAUUGAUUAGCCUUGUUUUACAAAAUGGCUCAAUCCAAUUGACAGGAAUUUAAAUAAAGGAUUGAAGCACAAUUCAACAUUU